CACUUCAUCAGUCUCGCAGACCAAAGCAAAGACCGUUCCUCGAACGCCGUGCCUCACCCCUCUCUCUCACUCUCUUCAAAUCCCCAACCCAAAAAAGCGUACACCAUAGCGAGGAGAGAGAGAGAGAGAGAGAGAGAGAGAGAGAGAGAGAGAGAGGAGUGGCCCGAAGACCAGCUCGAGCGCAGGGCGCGGCGAUGUCCGUGGCGCAAUCCUAGUCGACCAUUUCGUAUUCGACGGCAAGCAAGCACCGCGUGUCCAGAGGCAGAGCCAUGGUGGCCGGCCGCGUCAAGGCAGCCAUGGGCUUCCAGCGGAGCCCGGCGACGCCCAGGUCCUCCUCCUCCUCCUCGCACAAGGCGCCGGCGCCGGUUCUGGCUCAGCCGCCUGGCUUGGCGGCGGCAGGGGUGGGGCAGCCGGAGACGCCGCGGCGGAGGUCGUCCGGCUCGCCGGCGCCGACCGGGUCGGGGUCCAAGACGGGGCCCUUCGCGCGGUACUUCCCGCGCUCGUCCGCGCAGGUGCAGCCGGCGCGCGCGACGCCGGAGGUCGGGGAGCUCGUCCGCGUCGUCGAGGAGCUGCAGGAGAGGGAGUCGCGCCUCCGGACCGAGCUGCUGGAGCACAAGAUCCUCAAGGAGACCGUCGCCAUCGUGCCCUUCUUGGAGACCGAACUCACCGCGAAGAGUAGCGAGCUCGGGCGGUGCAGGGAUGCGCUGUCCCGGCUCGAGUCCGAGAACGCCCGGCUGCGCGCCGAGCUCGACGACGCCGUGGCGAGCGCGAAGAGCAAGGAGCAGAGGAUUCUUGAAAUGGAGAAGGAAAUGGCGGAGAUGAGGAAGCGGCGGCGACAAGUUGCGGCCCAUCCCGAUGACUGCUCGUCGUCGUCGUCAUCGGACAACUCCGAGAGCUCCAAUGCGGCAAGCAACUCGGCCAAGACAUCUAAGGUCGUGGCCGGGUUGUCGUUUCUUCCUCCUCCUCCGCCGCCGCCAAUGCCGGCGCCUUACAAGUCCAGGUCCUAUUUUUCCGGCUCGUCGCGCGCUUCGCCGGCAAACUCUUCAUCGAGUUCCUCUUCGUCCGCCCCAUCAACGCGGACAUACUCUCCAGACACCGCAGCAUCAAGAGGCCGCGUACCACCGGAGCUCUCGAAGCUCCCGCCAAUACCUGCACCGCCCCCACCCCCGCCGCCGCCACCGUCAAUGCCGACGCGCGGACGCCGCAGCGCGAGCUCAUCGCCAUCGACUUCAAGCAGCGGCAGUGGAGGCGCGAGGCUUCCGGCUCCACCUCCGCCGCCGCCGCCUGCGGCGAGGAGGUCCCGAGCGUCCUCCCCAGCUACCUCGGCAUCGACUCCGGCGUCCGGCCCAUGCGUGAGGCGAGUACCCGAGGUGGUGGAGUUCUACCACUCCCUAAUGCGGAGGGACUCGAGGUCGAGGGACGGAACCGGCGGCGGCGAGGCGGGCGCCGGCGGCGGUGCCGCGGCCGCGAGGGACAUGAUCGGCGAGAUCGAGAACCGCUCGUCUCAUCUUCUCGCGAUCAAAUCGGACGUGGAGAGGCAGGGGGAUUUCAUCCGGUUCCUGAUCAAGGAAGUGCAAGGCGCGGCGUUCGCCGACAUCGAGGACGCGGUCACCUUCGUCAAGUGGCUCGACGUCGAGCUCUCACGCCUGGUGGACGAAAGGGCGGUGCUGAAGCACUUCGACUGGCCGGAGGGAAAGGCGGACGCGCUGCGUGAGGCCGCGUUCGGUUACCGCGACCUGAAGAAGAUUGAGUCCGAGGCGUCAUUGUUCUGUGAUGACCCCCGGCAGCCUUGCUCUUCUUCUCUCAAGAAGAUGCAGGCCCUCUUCGAGAAGCUGGAGCAUGGAGUGUACAGCCUUGUGCGUGUGCGAGAUAGCGCGAUGAGUAGGUACCGCGGGUAUCAGAUCCCAUGGGAGUGGAUGCAGGACACCGGAAUUGUUAGUCAGAUAAAACUCCAGUCAGUGAAGCUGGCAAUGAAGUACCUGAGAAGGGUUUCCUCUGAGCUUGAGGCCAUACAAGGUUGCCCUGACGAAGAGGAGCUUAUGCUCCAAGGUGUCCGAUUUGCCUUCAGAGUACACCAGUUUGCAGGCGGGUUCGACGGCGACACCAUGCGAGCAUUUCAGUAUCUCAAGGAGAAGGCCUCGACGUUCCAGUUGCAAUGGGAAAGCCAAAAUCAGCAUCUGCAACAGCAAAGGCACCCAGGAAGAAGUUGAAACACAUAUAUUUAUAGCAGCCCGUCACCAUAGGAUAGCUGAAAUGUUUAUUUCGCCAUAUACUCGAUUUGCCAGCAAGGAACAAUUUCACAUUCUCAGUGUUCUUGAUUUCACCGAGCUAUGUGGUGUGUGCACUGUUAUCUAUUAUCUUAGACAAACAAAGUUAAAUCCUUCGCUCUCGAAGGCCUAGGAAUUAUCACGUUAAUUGAUGAAAAAGCCAUAAUUAUAUAGGUUAAGAGUGUGAACUAUUAUUAUAUGUUAUUUUGUUUCGUUUUUUCUA